AUGACAGAACAACCAAUGGAACCGCCCGACCGAACAACUAAUCGCGGUCAAAGGUCAUCCCCGGCUACCAGCACGUAUAUAAACACACGUAACACUACUGAACGCACAACCACUAACCCACCGCUACGCACAACUACGCUCCCCAAUAACGCACUGAUGAUGUCCCAUCGAUUGGUGAUGAAACGUUUGCAAUCAAACUGCCCAGCUCAGCGAACAAACCAACGACCAUCUACGCUACCUGAGCUACAGACAUUUACCUCUAUAGAAAACAUGCAUAUAUGCUCAAAAAUUACUGCCAAUGGGUUCUCAAACAUCCAGUUUGCACACAUAGCCUCGGACGUUUGUACUCCAGGCGAUCAGUUGAAACGGCCAAGAGGGAUUAUUGUUCUUAAAAAUCAGCCCACCGAACGACGUGGCAGCUCUUGUUUCUUUUGCCCGGUAAUUAUGGAGACACACUUUGAUUCAGCGGAUUUAGUCGAGAAUGCGAAUAGCAUGCGUUUACCAGACUACAAUCAACGCAACCCCAGGGUAUGGUUUCACCAGGUGGAGGCCGUUUUUACUACCCGACGCAUCACUUCCCAAGCCAAGCAAUUUUCCUAUGUUGUCCAGCAUCUUCCUUGUGAUGUAGCAACAGAAAUGGAAGAUCUGUUGGAAGAUGUUCCCAAAGGAAAAUCCCUAUGA